AGGCUUCGUCUCCUCCGAGUUUAGAGAAGCCAACCUCCAGUCCCGCGGUAGAUGCCUUCACUCAGUGCUUUUAUAAAACAUUGCGUCCAACGCUUGCACUUGCAUUGCAAUCCAGACAAAACACGCAGUUUAAUAGAAGCCCUCUAAGGAACAAAAAAAAAACUUUUGACUGUUUUUGUCAACUUUUGGAGGAGGAAAGUUUGGACAGUCGAAGUGUGCACGGACUCAGACUGUCAUUGCAGUCUUAAAACCCACAACGCUUGGAUUUUAGGAGAAAGGAUUUUCUCUGAAAGUAAUUUUUUUUAUUGCAACAAGUUGUCCUGCAACAUUUUUGUUCGCAUGAAUCUACUCGACCCCUACCUUAAAAUGACAGAAGAACAGGAGAAGUGUUGUCACUCUGACGUGCCAAGCCCCAGCAUGUCUGAAGAAGACUCCGUUGGCUCUCCAUGCCCGUCCGGCUCUGGGUCAGACACCGAGAACCACCGGCCGUCCGACAACCACCUCCUCUUAGGACAGGACCAUCCUAUGGGUGAAUACAAGAAGGAGGCGGAGGAAGAGAAGUUCCCCGUGUGCAUUAGAGAUGCCGUGUCCCAGGUGCUGAAGGGCUACGACUGGACCCUGGUGCCCAUGCCGGUGCGCGUAAACGGUUCCAGUAAAAAUAAACCCCACGUGAAGAGACCGAUGAACGCCUUCAUGGUGUGGGCUCAGGCUGCACGGAGGAAGCUGGCGGACCAGUAUCCACAUCUCCACAACGCCGAACUCAGCAAGACUCUUGGCAAACUUUGGAGACUUUUAAACGAAGGGGAGAAGCGCCCGUUUGUGGAAGAAGCCGAGCGCUUAAGGGUUCAACACAAAAAGGACCACCCGGACUACAAAUACCAACCGAGGCGGAGGAAAUCUGUCAAAAACGGUCAGAGCGAGUCCGAAGACGGCGAGCAAACACACAUAUCUCCAAAUGCCAUCUUCAAGGCGCUGCAGCAAGCCGACUCCCCAACCUCUAGCAUGGGGGAGGUGCACUCCCCCGGCGAGCACUCAGGUCAGUCCCAAGGCCCACCGACACCCCCCACCACCCCCAAGACCGACCUGCCCUCAGGGGGCAAGGGGGAGAUCCUGAAGCGCGAGGCUUCGGGCCGUCCCGCGCCCGAGGGCCGCCAGCUCAACAUCGACUUUGGCGCGGUGGACAUCGGCGAGCUGAGCAGCGACGUCAUCAUCAACAUGGGCAGCUUCGACGUGGACGAGUUCGACCAGUACCUGCCGCCCCACAGCCACGCCCACGCCCACCUGACGGCCGGCGGCUACACGGGGAGCUACGGCCAGUCGGCUAGCCCGGGCGCCCACGCCUGGAUGCUGAAGCAGCAUCAGCAGCAGCAGCAGCAGCAGCAGCAGCAGCAGCAGCAGCAGCACUCUCUGACCACGCUGGGCGGAGACGGCGAGCAGAGGACCACCCAGAUCAAGACGGAGCAACUGAGCCCCAGCCACUACCGCGAGCAACAGGGCUCGCCUCCGCAGCACGUGGCCUACGGCUCCUUCAACCUGCAGCACUACAGCCCGGCCUCCUACCCCUCCAUCACCCGCGGGCCGUCCCAGUACGACUACUCAGAACACCAGGCGGCCGCAAACUCCUCCAGCGGCACCGCUAACUCCUCCUCCGCCGCCGCCGCCGCCGCCGCGACCGCCGCCGCGUCCUCCUACUACGGCGGGCAGGGCUCCUCCGGCCUCUACGCCGGCUUCGGCUACAUGAACCCCAGCCAGAGGCCCAUGUACACCCCCAUCGCCGACCCCACCGGAGUGCCCAGCGUGCCCCAGACCCACAGUCCGCAGCACUGGGAGCAGCAGCAGCCCGUCUACACGCAGCUGUCCCGGCCCUGA